UGUGAAGACGAACAGGCGAACGCAUUACCACAAACACACAACACACACCCUGUGUGGAGUACAUGACAUACAUCAGAUAUGGUUCAUCUUAUAUCAGUGACCCUGCUCUUCUCAGUAUGUGGUAUCAGGGCAUAUGUUCCUCAUCGCUAUUACUUUGUGAAUGAAAAUAAAACCUGGAGUGAAGCUCAGACUUACUGCAGAGAGAAAUACACGGAUUUGGCCUCCAUCAACAACAUGGAAGAGAUGAUGAAACUGGAUUACACAAUGAAGAAGGAAACUGCAAAGCAAGCUUGGAUCGGUCUACAGAGCGGGGGCACUGGGAAAUGGCAGUGGUCUCUGGCAGACCAAACUUUCUACAGAGACACUUACAGAAACUGGAAUAGUGGAGAACCAAACUCCGACAGAAAAAAUGCAUUCUGUGCUUACAUGUAUAAAUACAGUGGCAGAUGGUAUGAUGUCCCCUGUGAUGAGCCAUUAUCUUUUGUGUGUUAUGAAGAAACGAACACAAGCACAAAUAGAUUCAUAUUGAUUAAUGAGAAAAAGACCUGGCGUGAAGCACAGACCUACUGCCGAGAGAAUCACACCGACCUGGUCAGUGUGAGGAACCAAACUGAAAAUGAGGAGAUCAGGGGAAUGAUGCAAAAUUCAAGUUAUUGGGAUUUUUCGAUUGGUCUGUUUCAUGACUUCUGGGAGUGGUCAGAUCAGAGUAAUUCCUCAUUCAGAUACUGGAGGUCUAACAAACCCAGUGGAGGUUUGAACUGUGCUGCAGUGUCUGUGUCUGAGCCACACUACUGGAGUGAUGUGAGCUGCAUAGAAAAACUCCCAUUCAUCUGUCAUGAAAACAGACUGAUCUUGAUCAAACAGAAUCUGACCUGGCGACAAGCUCUGAAUUAUUGCAGGAAUCAUCAUUAUGACCUGGUCUCAGUGCGCACUGAGGAGAUGCAGUUCUGGGUGAAGGAGGUGGUUCAAGAUGCCUCCACUGAACAGGUGUGGCUCGGCCUGAGUCACGACUGUGCCCAGCGGAUCUGGUUCUGGGUUUUUGGAACCAUGGUCUGCUAUCAGGACUGGGCCCCAGGGAAUGGGACAUGGAAUGAAGACUGCAGCCAUGAGAAGAGAAGUGGAGCAGUUCAGUCUAGAGGACAGCAGCAGUGGAUUGACAUGCCUCAGAGCUACAAACUCAACUUCAUCUGCUCUAUCUAUAAUCGUUAGUCACAGUAUUUUUGUAGGAAUGUGAUCUCAUGAGCUUUUUCUAUAAUUGCAAUUAAAAUCUUUGUAUUUUCUUUGUAUGAUUAAUGAAGAAAUGUUUUGAGUAAACAUGAAGCCUGAAGACAAGCUAUGGUCCACCAUCUGUAUUCACCAUCAGCAGAUCUACAAUAAUGUCUCAUUUAGACUCUUGUAUACAUUAUUGAUAUAAAUUUAUACUCUUUAUCCAGAUGUUUCACCAAUUUAUUUUUAAUAUCAUAUUUGGUCAGUUCCACUGUCUCCAUACAGCAUGAUCUUUUCAUAUUAUCAGAGAACAAUACCUAUAAUAUACUUGCUUUUCUUAUUAAUCUAGGGUUUAUAGGCAAUUAAGGUGAAAUCUAUUUAUCUAUUUGGAUUUUUAUUCUUCAGUGUGUUUGGGAUGCACAUUUAUGUGUUUUUCAUCUGGGAAACAAACCACAUUCAGAUCAUUUACACCCAUGCAGGAAGUUUAGAACACCUCGCCCUGCAAACAGUGAUAUUAAAAUGUUAAUUAUUGGUGAUGGUUAUACAGGUGUCAUGUGAUACAUUUUUCUUGUUUUUUUCAUGAUUUGUGCAUUUUUCUGUGCAUGUAGACAAAUUAGUUUAUUAUUAAGAUGUCUACAUCAUUUCAUGUUGUUUCUUAACCUAUAAUUUCUGAGCACUUGCUUCUUAAUGUGUAACAUAAACUGUAAUGACUGUUGCCAGUUAAGUUUCCUGUCAAAUAAAAUCAAGUUCAAGUGUGCAUUUUAA